UGUCGCCGUAGCCAAACACGGAUGCUACCGCGUCAGCCCUAAAGAAACAAACUUAACCAUGGUUUAUUCUCCCUCCAUACUGCUAUAUAGUGAGCCUUCUCUGACCUCCCACCUGGUCAUUUCACAUCGUCUUCUCCGCUUUGUCUUCUACUUCAUCUUCCUCGUGUUCUCCGGAAAAUAUUUGUAGGGUCUUUUUCUUCGAAAAAUGGGUUCCUCAGAGGUCGAGUACAGGUGCUUCGUCGGAGGCCUUGCUUGGGCCACCGACGAUCAUUCCCUAGAGAGGGCCUUCAGUCAGUUUGGAGAGGUCCUCGACUCCAAGAUCAUCAACGACCGUGAGACCGGGAGAUCCAAGGGGUUUGGAUUCGUGACCUUUAAGGAUGAGGAAUCGAUGAGAGCUGCGAUCGAUGGGAUGAACGGUCAGGAACUCGACGGCCGUAGCAUCACCGUCAACGAGGCUCAGUCCCGCGGCAGCCGUGGUGGAGGAUACGGCGGAGGCCGUCGGGAAGGCGGUUACAGCCGUGGCGGAUACGGUGGGGGUGGCGGCGGUUACGGAGGUGGCCGUCGUGAGGGAGGUUACGGAGGAGGUGGUGGUGGUGGUUACGGUGACGGAGGUUACAGGGGCAGAUCCGACGGAGGAAGCUGGAGAAAUUGA